AUGACUUUCCUCCAAGGCCAGUGCGAGGAUGACUGCUAUUCUCCCUGCAAUUACGGGAGUCUGUACAGCUACCGUGGCUACGACUGCGGGAGCCCCAGUGGCUACCGGGGCUAUGGUGGCCUCUAUGGCUACCGGGGCCUCUACGGCUUUGGGGACCGGUACGGCUACGGAGGUCUGUACGGUUACCGGGGCAUUUAUGGCUCUGGGGACUGCUACGGUUAUGGGGGUCUGUAUGGCGGCUAUAGGGGCUUCUAUGGCUCUGGGGACUGCUAUGGCUACCCAGGCUUUUACUCCGGCCGCUACGGCUACCCCUUUGGUUCACGAUAUGGCCAGAGGUUCGGCUACGGGAGCUGCUACCCCUGCUAA